UUGCUCUUCCGAUGGAAAGGUUCUAUAUGGAAAUCUGUAAAAACGGAGCUCAUUAUAUGGGUGUUGUUUUACUACGUAAUUUUUUGUAUAUACCGAUAUGUUUUGGAUGAAAACUCUCAAAGCACUUUCGAAAAAAUUGCUGCUCACUGCGACAAAAAGCUUGACUAUAUUCCUCUUCAGUUCAUGCUUGGAUUCUUUGUUACAGUGAUCAUCGAUAGGUGGAAAAAUAUUUUCAACAAUAUGGGAUGGAUUGAAAAGGAUGAUUUAACAAUUCGAAAAAGAGGAAUACACCAAAAAGAAGUGGUAGACAAGGCGAGCAUCGACUGCGCAAAUGGGUAGAU